GCGUUGAUCUGUGGGAGAUGUAGUUUCAGCUGCCAACCGAUGCGCGGCUGCUUCCCUUGUGACAUCACUGGCUACGGACUCGGUUUCCCAGAGUGCCGCGCUGUGUGGCAUGGCGGACAGCAAUGACUGCGGAGUUUGAUGAAGAAGUGGUGUUUGAGAAUUCACCACUCUUCCAGUACCUGCAGGAUUUAGGGCACACAGACUUCGAAAUAUGCCCAGCGGUCUCACAAGAGGAAGAGAGCCUGCUGAAGAAUGGACAUCAUGGGCAGGCUCACAAAACUCCAGAGCCAGGCAUAUACAAGAGGGCACUUGAAAUAUGGCAGCGUUGGAACCCUUUUGUUCAAGAAAAGAAAAAAGAUGAAAAGGUCCACCUAUUGGAUAUUGGGUUCCGACUUGAUAGUCUUCGUACAAUCCUGCUGCAGGAAGUCCUGAUACAGGAGGAUGUGGAGCUGAUUGAGCUGCUUGACCCGGGAAUCCUGUCUGCUGGUCAGACCCAGAAACAACAGAAGCGCCAUCUUCCAUCCCUAGGCUCCCUAGCAACACCUAAUAUUUGGGAGAUGUCUGUUGCAUUUGCGUUUCUCAGCGCCAUGGCUGCACUGAAAUCUUGGCACUUUCCAUCCCUGUUCAUCUGGGGCCCCAGCCUUCUUUUCUUUGCCAUUUUUGCUGUCCAGCGUGUGCUGAGAACAUGGGGCGCUGCCAGGCUGCAGGUCAAGCUAAAGAAAUACUGUGACCAGUUGGAAACCACUGUAGCCAAUAGCCGAGCCUUUACUAACCUUGUGAGAAAAUCCCUGCGUCUUAUUCAGGAGACAGAAGUUAUCUCUCGAGGAUUUACCCUUUUGCUUGACAGGGUCAGUGCUGCUUGCCCAUAUGAUAAGCUUGGACAACAUUCCAGCCAGCACCUCCUUGGUUUGCGCAAAGCUGUCUACAGGACGGUCAAAACUAACUUCAGAAUUUCAAGGCUUGCUACAUUGUACAUGCUGAAAAGUUAUCCCUUAAACUCUGAGAUAGACAAUGUGACUAACUACAUCUGCGUUGUUCCAUUGAAAGACCUGGGUCUGGGAUUAAGUGAGGAGCAGGUUUCCGAGGAGGAGGCCCAUAAUUUAACAGAUGGCUUCAGCCUCCCUGCUUUGAAGGUUCUAUUCCAGCUUUGGAUAGGGCAGAGUUCAGAGUUCUUUCGCCGCCUGGCCCUACUGCUUUCUCCUGAGAAUGCAUGCAAUGGUCCACUUACUGGCCCAGAGAUGCUUCCACACUACAUCUGGUGUGAUGUGGCGCAGGAUCUACCUCAUACUCAAGCUGCCUGUCUAAUGGAACUGAAGCGCAGCUAUGAAUAUUACCGUUACUUCGAAACACAACACCAAUCUGGCUCAGAUCGUUCAGUGAGGAAAAAGAGAGAGACUGGAGAGCUGAACAACCUUCACGGAGCUGUCCGCAGUCUGCAACUACACCUGAAAGCGCUACUCAAUGAAGUAAUUAUACUUGAGGAUGAGCUGGAAAAACUUGCCACCAUUAAGGAAUCACAUGGCAUGACACCUGAUGCUUCCCUUAUCCUGGAAGAAAAGCUUAAGAUGAUACAGCCUCAUGUGCAAGCCAGUAACACAUGCUGGGAAGAGGCCUUGUGCCAGGUGGAAAGAAUGGUUCGAAAACCUCCAGCAAGGCAAGAUACAGCUAACACAGCUUGUGAAAAUUCACAUUGCCCUGUGGUGCCCAUUGUGCCUCCUGCAUUGCGCAUUGAAGAUAAAGAUCCAAUCCCAGAGGAGCAGGAAUUUGAGGCGUAUGUUGAAGACAUAGAUCCAGAUGACGAAUUUAGCAGAGAUGAUGUGUAUUUAUUUUCUCCAGAGGAGAGAGAGAGACAGAAGCGAGAACGAGAGGAAUCUAAGAGAGUAUUGCUGGAGCUGAAGGCUGUUUUAGGCUUAAAGGCAUCUGAAGCUGAAAGACAAAAAUGGAAGCAGUUGCUGUUUAGUGAACAUGCCAUAAUUAAACCUUUUCUACAUGCUGACAUAGUGGAUAAUCCCAUCUCUCCUCCAGUCUCUGAUCUGGACUCCCAAAACAAAACACAGAGCUUUAAUGGAGACCCCACUAGGGAGGUAAAUGGAACAGAUUCGUCUCAUAAAGAAGCCUCUAUUCAUGAGACCUCAGAGGUAUCUGUUACUGAUCAGGAUCAAACAGAGACAGAAACAUUUCGGCUGUUGGAAAGGCCUGGACAAGCUAGUGCUGAUGAAAAAGCUGAACCUCCAUGUCCUGCACCCAGGACUGUCCUACCUGCCUCCAUCAAAGAGAGGCUUGCACGAAUUCAUCAGGCAUCCGAUUUACACUUUGCCUCGGGAUUAGCAGCACAAGCAGCUGCCAGAUCACUUACAUUUACCUUCCUGCAAGAACAGACUUUUGGUGACGAAUGGAGCAAUGGUGACGAUGAGACGGAAAGUGGCAAUGCUCUUGUUGAAGGUGAAGGGAAUGAAAACAGAAGCUCAGAAAAUGAAGAAUGACCAAGUUGAUCUAACAAAUGACAAGCCAUUAAACUCUUAAUGAACUUAAAGGGGUAUUCCAGGGUCACAAAAUGAUAUGUUAAUAAAUAUGUUAAGGUUAAAAAUAUACUUCUGGUCAGUAACAAUGACUUCUGGGUGCUUUUUUGGCACAUCCUGUCCCAGAAGUUUAGUACAAUACAUAGGUUUGCGUUUUCUCUCUCUCCCAUAUGCCCCCCUCCCUACUAAGACUUUGCUGCAGAUUUAGCUUGUCCCAGGGGCUUAAGUUCAAGCUUACCCCCUGAGUGAUGCCAUCACCACUGGUCCGCCUUUCCAGUCCCGUCCAUAAGGAGUGUAACGCUGUGACUGGAGGAGGGUCGAAGGCAGUGAUGUCACUCAGGGCUGGAUUUACAUACCUCCUCAGAAAUCCCUAGCACACCUUUAGCCCAGGCCCUCAAUCUCCGCCAUUUCAGUUUUUCUCCUUGCAGCAUAGGCCGUCCACUGCUGCAGCUACAGGCCCAAUGAUGCAGCUUCAGGCAGCAAGGAGAAGACCACAUAUAGUGUAGUGCAAUUGUGACAGCUAUUCCACUGCUUGUGCUUUUGCGUUUAUUAACAUAAAAUUUUAUGACGCCGAAGUACCCCUUUUAAGAUUGGUCAGCCUGUUCACUAUGUAAGGACAGGCUAUAGGUAAGCAUUUACUCUUAAACACAUGGUGAUUUAAUAUCCUCUGUGCCUGGAAAAUUUGCAGCAUUCAGUAAACCCUCCUACAUGUUAUACAAUUUGUGUCUUACAAGUUCCUGACUGCUGCAGUUCAGUGCAGUCCUUUACGUGGAGCAACACGAAGCUCCAUACAGAUUAAUUGAAGGCAAUCUACGGUAUGUGGUAAUUGUAAAAUCAAUGCAGCUGCCUGAAUAUCUUUUGGGUUAUUUUAAUAUUUAAUGUUAUUUAUUUAAAAAAGAAAGUUACAAUUUGUUUUCAGACGUUAAUAUUGUGUCCUCCUCCUUGGCUGUCUUGCUUUCUAGACAGGCUGAUUUAUUGUUUUACUCGGUAUCAAGGCCACGUUGGCUGUGUCUGUCCAGUGUGCACUGGCUGAUGACUUUGUUCCUUUGUGAUUAUACUUUAUUUCUUAAACUAUUCCACUUCUUUAAGCUUAGAAUGUAAUUUUUAUAAUAAAAAACAACACAAGAAACCUAAACUUGUAUGCGAUUUCUACUC